AUGUGGGCCGCGAAAUUGGACGGUGAAGGGAUGAGAUUGGUUCGGGCGUGUGAUGCGCUUUGUGAUGCGAUGCGACAGCUGGGGGUUGCGAUUGACGGCGGUAAAGACUCGUUGUCGAUGGCGGCGAAGGUAAAUGGUGAAAUUGUAAAAGCACCCGGUACGUUGGUGAUAAGUGCGUAUGCACCUUGUACGAAUGUGACUGAAGUGGUCACACCGGACUUAAAGGGAUCCGAGGAUGGAAACGCAUCUCGUCUGAUUUACGUAAGAUUCGGAAACGAUGGUAGUGAGCAUCGUUUGGGUGCGAGUGCUUUAGCUCAGUGCUUGAAACAGAUUGGAAACAAUACUGCGGAUAUUGAUGAUGUGCAUUUGUUCAAGAGAGCGUUUGAUGUGACACAAAAUUUAGUGAAAAAGAGGCGACUCAUCUCCGGACACGACGUAAGCGAUGGAGAUCCAUUGGAAACAUUGUUCGCAGAGGAGAGUGGAAUUGUAGUGGAAACAAAUGAAAAUCAAGUGGAAGAUAUUGUUGAGAUGUAUCGCAGUGAAGGUAUUCAUGCACAAUGUAUUGGAUUCACCACCAACGACGUGGGACGAACUGCGAUGGUAGUAGUUAACGUGAAUGGUGAGACAGCGUUAAGUGCACCAUUAUGUGAACUGCGUGAGAUAUGGGAAGAGACGAGUGCCCAACUGGAGCUAUUGCAAACCAACGAGGAAUGUGUUAAGCAGCAAAAGCAUUGGAUCAGAGUGGCCGCACCCGUACACUAUUCGGCGCAUUUCGACUUCAGCAGCAGCAGUAAUGUAUCGUCGUUGGAACAGAAAGUAUUCAUGGCGAUAAUUCGUGAAGAAGGCAGUAAUGGCGAUCGUGAGAUGUCGGCCGCGUUUCAUAUGGCCGGUUUUACGCCGUUUGACGUGACAAUGAGCGAUUUGGUGGAUUGCGAAUUCGGUUUGGAACGUUUCAGUGGCAUUGCAUUUGUGGGUGGUUUCUCGUUUGGGGAUGUGCUCGGUUCGGCGAGAGGCUGGGCAAGUUCGAUUCUAUUCCACGGGAAAGUGUUCGAGCAGUUGCGUAGAUUUCGACAACGUCAAGACACAUUCUCGCUGGGCGUUUGUAAUGGAUGUCAAUUAAUGGCACAUCUGGGCUGGAUUGGAAACCUUAAUAAUGAAGAUAGCAAACAGAACGUUCUGUUGAAAGCGAACGAUUGCGGUCGUUUCCAGAGUUCAUUCACCACCGUACGCAUCAAUAGAUCACCCAGUAUUAUGCUCUCCGGAAUGCACGGCUCUGUGCUCGGUGUAUGGAGUGCACAUGGCGAAGGUAAAUUCACUUACCGUAAUGAUGAAGUACUUGAACAAAUGAUAUCAAACGAACUUAUUUGUGUGCAAUAUUGUGACGGUAAUGGCAAGCCGUCGAUGAUCUUCCCAGAAAAUCCGAAUGGAAGUAUCGAGUCAGUGGCAGCAAUUUGUUCAUUGGACGGUCGUCACUUGGCAAUGAUGCCCCAUCCAGACCGUUCGUUCAUCUCGUGGCAGUGGCCGAAUUAUCCGAAACAGUUUAAGUUGAGCAAUCAACAAAAUAAUAGUAAUAAUAAUAAUAAUUCACCAUGGAUGAGAAUGUUCAUCAAUGCAUAUGAAUGGGUUAAACAACAACAAUAA